AUGAGGAGCGAAGAGCCGGCCGUGAGCAUGGAAGAGACCGGCGGGCCGGACGCGGCUGCGGGCCGCCUGGGGGCGCCGUACUCCGAGGCCUGGGGGUACUUCCACCUGGCUCCCGCGCGCCCCGGCCACGCGGCGGGCCCCUGGGCCACCUGCCGGCUCUGCGGGGAGCAAGUGGGCCGCGGUCCGGGCUGGCACGCGAGCACCCCGGCGCUGUGGAAGCAUCUGAGGAGCGCGCACCGGCGGGAGCUGGCGGAGAGCGCCGCCCGCCGCUCGCCACCCGCCGCCCCUGGCCCCGUCGCGGCCGCCGAAGGCGACUGGGCGCGCCUGCUCGAGCAGAUGGGCGCGCUGGCCGUGCGGGGCAGCCUGCGCGAGCGGGAGCUGGCGCGGCGCGAGGCGGCCGUGGAGCAGAGCGAGCGCGCCCUGGAGCGCAGGCGGCGGGCGCUGCAGGAGGAGGAGCGCGCGGCGGCCCAGGCGCGCCGGGAGCUGCAGGCCGAGAGGGAGGCGCUGCAGGCGCGGCAGCGGGAAGUGAGCCGGCGCGAGGGCGCCUUGGCCCCGGCCCCCCCGCUCAAAGACGAGCCCGAGGCGGACCCCAGGGACGGCUGCGUCAUCACGAAGGUCCUCCUGUAG